GGCGUUCGGCUGGCAGCAGCCAUGCGCGAGGCGGUCAACUGUUAAAGUCAGUUCGAAAGGGCGGCGCGAGCGAACGAGCGAGCUCCGGAAAGAGCCGAAGAGCCCGCGAACUCCGGCAGCUCGCCGAAAGUUCCGAGCGCGUAGGCGGCUGGAGGGGAGAUCAGAUCGGUCGAGGAGAAGGAGGAUCAUCACCUACGAGGAUCGCGGCUGCCUGGACUGAUUUGAUGAAGUGGUUGGCGAAGAGGAUUUAGCUUGCACCCGAUACCAGAUGGCUGCACCUGAGAUGAAUGAAUUAAACUACUAUCCUCUAACUGGUGUAGGAUGGACCUCGAACCCGAACACCUGUCCAAAGGAAUAUCAACUGAUCACUACGACUACAGAUGGAUCUUCUGCAAACUUUGCCAAAGGCUUUGGUCAGAAAUCGGGCUGUUACCUGUGUGUCAGCUCCUUGCUGAUUAAAGAGAAUCCUCAUGGGGAUGUUGUGGCAGAUAUCCUACUGCUUCCCGAUAAAAGCCCUUUACGUUCAGGAUAUUCAUUUGUUGACGAAUUCGUAGAUUCAAAGGUUACGGUGUCUAAAAAGAAACGUCUAUGCAUUAAGAGAAUCCCAUUUAAAGAGGCUGACACGGCUAUUUUUGAUCUCAAGCUGACAGGGAAAAGCAAGCAGAUUGUGCCUUCAUACACAUGCAUUGGAGAGCUUAGUGGUUUUGUCAUUUGGUGUAGAAAAGGAAGAAUCGCCAAACCAAAACCACUGCCCAAGUCCAGAAGCAUGAGUAAAGAUAUGCAAAGCCUACCACUAGAGAAUGAGAAUACAAAGUCUUUUCAAAGCAAAAGUCAAGAAGAUGAUGCACUUCCCAUUUGUCUAAGCAAGAGGCGAUCAACCUUGGAGGCCAAAGAUACUGUGUACAGCUCGGAGAAUAUUUAUGGAAUCUCAGCAAUGGAUGGUGUUCCUUUUGCUUUACACCCCAGAUUUGAAAAUACGAUGAAUGUACCCAACGUUAAUGUUACAAACGUCCAAAUUAAAAGCCGUGCUGAAAUAGAAAACGAGUAUAACUACAGUUUCAUGACGGAGAAGACUGCAGCUGCUAGACUCCCUCCAACAGCCUCCUAGUGCAUGGAUCAGUGCCAGUCCAAGAUGCAGCCUUCUCACUCACGACAGAUUCUUACCCAUGACUUCGGAUAAAAGCCAUUGAAUUGUGUUUGGGUAUCACUGCAAUAUUUAACUAAACUCCUUCACUUGAACACACAAUGGCCGCAAUAGCCACAAUUUUAUUUUUGGUAAAUGAAUGCAAGGGCAAACACGUCUGCGCAUUGCUGCUGAAACAUCGUUAUUACUGCAGGUUCUAUAAUUGAGUAGGGUCAUUUAUGUAGUGGGAAGGUAUGCAUUAGCUCCAUAAUAUGUAACUAGAAUAGUAAAAUAAGUGAGGUAAAGUUAGUGAGGGAGUUUGAGUAGCUUAGAUGGAGAAUAAGAUUGCAAAGUAAGGCAAUAUGUAAGGUGGAGGGGAGGGGGAUGUGUGUGGUGCCAUUUGGAACAUUUAUAGUGAGGCCUUUGCUUUCAUUGCCAGCUGGCUGGUGUAUCAAGGCAGGAUGUGAAGCAGUUUGAUGUAAUUAAAAUGAAUCAGGAACAAUUUAUACAACCUGCUUAAUUUAAUGCUGUUCAUUAAAAUCUCCUGUCCAAGGAAUUGAUUCUACAUGUGCACAGCAGGCCUAGGUUACCCAAUUACCUGCUCUUACUUCUAAACUCACGAACAAGACCCAAUCAACCCAGGGUCCCGCAAUUGUCGCUGAGUUUGUCAGUACAUCAGUAGUUGUGGUUUAUUCAACCCUCAGUUUGGGUUUAAUGUUGGAAUCAAUCAUGAGACCAGUUGGGGUAAAUUACAUUAACAAUACACUCAAAUGUCUAAAGAUGAAUGUUCAACCUGUAGAUUACCUGACGUUGUACACUUUCCUAUACACCUGUGCUAUGAGAAUCACUUUCUUAAUCUGUUUCAUUUUAAACUUUGCGGUUUACAAAAACCAGGUUUUAAUAAUUAUUAAAGUUGCAUAAAAUAAGCA